AUGACAAGUAGUCAAUGCUUUCAUCUCCAUGGUCAAUGCUUUCAUCUUUAUGAUGGUUCUGUUUGUUUUGGCAGACAAAUAGUCAAUGGGAAAAGAGACAAAACAAAGUUCUUGCUGAUUGAGGAGCUGGAUGCAGCAAGGCAAAGACUUGUUAAUGAAGUCACUAAGUAUCCAAGAGGCAAAAGUUUAGUUGAUGAUAAACAUUUUUCAUGUGGGAAUUACAUAAGCAACAGGUUUCUUAAAGUUUCAUGUAAUGGAGGCUUAAAUCAAAUGAGAGUUGCGAGCUUGAUAAUACAUCUUUCUGGGCUGAUUCUAGUGAUUUUGAGGACAUUUUUGAUGUGGGGCCAUUUCAUUGAAUCACUAAGAGAUGAAGUCCAGAUUGUUAAAAGGUUGCCAAAGAGAUUUAGCAGGAAAUACGGAUUCCAACCAUUAGAAAUGCCACCUAUCAGUUGGUCAAGUGAAAAGUAUUACCUUGAACAGGUAGACAACCAAGAUGCACAUUGGUAG